ACGAACGGUUAUUAGUUAGAAACAUUUGUCGGGUUCUCAUUGAGGGAGCGGUGCAACGUUCACAUACAUACAUUUGGCAAAUGUCUUGAGUUUGUUUAGCUAAUAAUCUGUCAGUCUAAUGUUUUACUCACAAACCGCCAACUAAACACGCGCGAAAACUCAGAAGAAGCGCAUUUUGUCGUGAUUUUCUGCAGACACAGGUUUGUGAUGGUCAAACAUGAGCGGUGAGCGUUGGAAGCGCAGAGAAGAGAUUCAGAGAGCGCUGAGCUUCAUCAGAUGUUCUCUGCCUUAUCCGGACCCUGAAGGCUAUGAGGGGUUUGUGGUCCAGCUAGUGUGUGAUCUUUUAGACGAGGGCAAUGCCGCAUUUCGAGAGGACGACUGGAUGCAGGCGCGUGGACAUUUCAGCGAGGGCGUCAACGUGGCACUUUAUGCUCAAGCUGAGGGGCUGAACGUUCCCAACGCCCUGCUGGAGAGCCUGUACAUCAACCGUGCGGCCGUCCAUCAGAACAUGGGUGAGUUUGACAGCGGUGUGAAGGAUUGUGAUCUUGCUCUGGCGGUGUGUAAGGACAGCGCUAAAGCGUUGUAUCGUAAAGCCGUGUGUCUGAAGGAGUCUGGGAAACUGAGAGAGGCGUAUGACUGCAGCACUGCAUGUUUGCUGGCCUCACCGCAGGAUCAGACGGUCAGUAAUUUGUCCAAGGAAAUUGCAGCCAGUCUGGGCCUGAAAAACAGAAAGGCAUACAUCAGUUCUCAUAGGGGGAAGGCAGCAGGAUCUGAGGACGACUGUGUUGUGCCAUCACCUUUAGAUGAGAUUUCUUCUGUUGGGCUGGAGGAAGUGACUGACUCUGCAGCUGAUUCUGAAUGGCCGUCUCCUGUGUUGCCCGCGCCAGUCCCUGUGAGUGACUCCCAUGAGGCCCCGGGUCUUUUCGGGGCCGUGCCGCUCUCUGUGCCCGUGUCUCAGCCGCUGGAUGAUGAUGAGCUGGUGGGAGACGAGCUGGACAGUCUGCUGGACUGCAUGGCCAAAGAGGAAGAUGCAUCACAGAGUGGAGUCGUUCCUAGCGCUCUGGUGUGUUUCUCGUCUCCUUGUCUUCCUCCUGCCUUCUUCUCGUCCGUCGGGAGUCAGUUGAACUCUCUGGACUCCUUCACUAAACUUGAGCUGAGCUCAGAGUCUUGCAGCGGCGAUCUGGAUAUGUUGGACUCCAUCUGUCCAUCCGGCGACUCUGUUUCCCUGCAGCGCCCUCUAGUGGUGGGAGGAGACGCGCUCGAUUCGCUGUCUGAAUUCAGUCUGCCAGGUGGCAAAGUCUGUCAAAGUUUUCUGCCGCCAGUCAAGCUGACGAAUUCUCCUCAUACGAGGAAUGGUCACAUGACCUCCACUCUUUCCAGUCUGUCCAAAAACCCCCUGGAACAAACGCAUGAUUUCACUCAAGCCUGCAGCAGCUGCUUCACCAGUACAGGUCCAGGUGUGCUGGAUUUUGAGUUCAGGUCUGAUGUGACUCAUAGCUGUAAGAAGGAUCUUCUGCUGUGCAGGAAAAGGGGCGGGGCUAACUCACCUUGGAGGCGGAUCCGGCAACGCCCAACUCGCAACAACUUCCAGGCCGCCUUUGUGCUCUGUAGAGAGGUUUUAGAGAAUCAGGUGUGUAAGUACGGUGAGGGCUGCACGUUUGCAUAUUGUCAAGAAGAGAUUGACGUGUGGACGCAAGAGAGGCGGGGCUUACUGGUCAGAGAGCUGCUCUUCAAUCCGCUUUCGACCAAUGAGAGACAAGCACUCAGCGUCACUGAACUACUAAACAUACACACGGGCAUGUUUAUGUUCCUCUGUGAGGUCUGUUUUGACUGCAAACCCAGAAUGAUUAGCAAACGCUGGAAGGAGAAUCCCGCUCUGUGUGCAAACAUACCGACACAACAUCAGUUUGACAAGAAGAAGUGUUUGGUUCACGUGGUGAAGAGCAGCACUGUGAGUUACAGUAAGAUUCGAGCGUUGAACUAUCGCCGUCAGUUUGACAUGUGUCGUCACGAGCUCGCUUUGGGCUGUAAAAGGAAGGACGGCUGCUGCUUCGCUCACUCGCUUAUCGAACUGCAGAUCUGGAUCUUGCAGAGAGACACUGGAAUCACCCAUGAGGAGAUCGUGCAGGAGUCUAAAAAACACUGGAACAAACAGCGUCCUGCGGUCGUAGCUUCACGCUCACCGAACAAAAUCACUCCCACCAAAAUAAUAAGUCCAGUCAGAGCGGAGGAGACGAAUGGGAAGGCGGGUCCUGUGCAGGGUACAGGAAGUGCUGAGGCAGUUGAGGGCAAAGGUCACGGGCUGGAUCUUAUUAUGAAGUUUGUGUGCAGCCUGUGUUGGAGAGACGGGCUGGUCAGUGAACCAGACCGAGCGCUGAAAUACUGCACCGCUAAAGCCAGACACAGCUGGACCAAUGACAGGAGGGUUUUACUGGUUAAAUCCCAAGAGAGGAAGAAGUGGGUCGCAGUGCGACCUUUGCCCUUUGCCAAGACCUUUCCUCAACAAUAUGACAUCUGCGUCCACGUCUUGAAGCAGCGUAAAUGUCAUUACAUCGGGAACUGUAGUUUCGCUCACAGUCAGGAGGAGAAGGAUCUGUGGACGUAUAUGAAGAACAAUGGCUUCCGGGACCUCCAGCAGAUGUAUGACGUCUGGCUCUCGACCUCCAAUCAGAACAGAGCGUCUGACAGCACCUCACCGUCACAGCCAAUGGAAGAAAAGCAGAUCACCAUGCCGACAGACUUUGCUGAAACGACGCAAGGUGAGUACUGUCCUCUGUGUGGAAAACACAGUAACAGUGAACGGCAGUGGCAGCAGCACAUCACUACAGAGAAACACAAGCAGAGAGUGUUUAGCGGAGAAGGAGAGGAAGAGAGUCUGGCCUGGUCCCAUCGCUUCCCUGGACGCUGUUUCUCCCUCUGUCCCAGGUUAGAGGAAGGCUGUGCUGAAGGUGUGAGUUGUGACUUCGCUCACAGUGAGGAGGAGCUUCAGGAGUGGCACAAACGGAGGGAUUUCCUGCGCAGGACGUUGAACAAAGCCAGAGCCGACAUGCUGAUCUCUCUAACUGACAACGACUUUGGGAUCUACAAUUUUGUGCUUCAAGACUAAACAAACAAGCUCACAUGUGGACUUUGUCCAUGAAAGUUUAAUCAGGUGAGAGUUACCGCAGGUCCUGAUGAGCGCUCACGUUUUAAUGAAGCUGAAAGACAUUAAAACCUCCUGACUGACUGAACUCAUCCAGAUGUGACCCAGAACAUGACUUUGACAUCUGUUUGAUGAGUGGAUCUUUAACUUCAUGUUGCUUAAAUAAAGAAUAAAUGCUGUUCAUACACUGAAUAAAUGUUUCAUCUGUUAUACUGCAAUCAGGACAUUUCGUCUUUUAGCAGUUAAACUGCUUUUAAGUUCUUGGAUUUUACCUGCAUCCUAGAUUCGUCCAAGACUUCAGUAAGACAAGAGGACAGAUGUGUUAUUUUUGUAAGUUUAUUUUACUUUUACUCUAAUUUUGUUUAUAUAUGAAAAUGAAACAUUAUGCAUUUUGAUCACAGUGAAAUGCAGUAAAUGUUAUUUUGUUAAACAUGUUUUAAUAUCUGUUUUUUGAAUAAAUGACACUUUUAUUUGUAAAAGUUCUUGAAUUCUGUUCUCAACCCUUGUUCACAUUUCACAUUUGUAAUUGACGUGAAUCACAGGAAAUGUACAUUUACUGAAAAAUCACGUCAAAUGUCUCUCUUAGUUUCAGAUUUAUUUUUCUUGUGCACAAAAAGUCAAUGUUAUAGAUUGUUAGUCGAUUAAUGUAUUAUUUAUUUUCUUGUUAUAAUUUUUGAAGUUAUGGUUUAUAAUAAUUUGUAUAUAUUACGUUUUAAUAUAUUGUAAUUCCCCAAGUUGCAUGCAUUGUUUGUGCAGUGGAAAUACACUAACCAGUGUCACCUGGUUGAUUUGCAUAUGAUGCAGAGGGGGCAUGGUCACAUGCACAUUAGUCUUGUUUUCUUUAAGUUAUAAGUCUUGUUAUAAGUUGUGUAUAUAAAUGAACAAAUUAUAUGUGCAUGAAUUAUUACUAUUACUACUACUAUUAUUAUUAUUAUUAUUUUAUUUUUAUUUAAUUUUUUUUUAAGAAAAACUUGACCUGAAACAAACCCAGUGAAAUUGACCUGAUGGCAUUUAUUUUCAAAAACCCGAACGUAAACGGCAUUGAUGAGCCUGCUCAGCCUAUUUACUAUUGCUUUAUAUUAUUGCCUGCCUGAUGGAUAUAAUUUAUUUCUUAGUUCAGCUUUUAAUUGUGACCAGUUGAUUUAAAAAA